CUGACCAGCCUUAUCUGGAGUUUCUGCUGGAAACAGGUUGCUGAGAAUCAAUUUGUGACCCAAAAAUUGAUUUGAUGAAGAAUCUUUACAAGAUCCCCCUUGCACAGGAUUUUUUUUUCCUCUAUAGGAAAGUCCUCUCCUGUAGAAUCGUGGGCUCUCCAAGCAGAGAUGAUACUGUAGCUUUAAUAAUGACAUUGAGGUAAGGAUUCAUUCCAAACUUGGUGUCUGGGCUUCUCCGUAAGCAACGGGGGCCCACUGCUGUAAUUUGAGAGGAGAAGAGAGAUCCUACGGCCAAAAGCUGAAGUCCCGCGUUAGCAGCACGAAUCCAGAUGUAGAAUGAAGAAGGGGGGAAAGUAGCCCAAAGCGCUUGCAGCAGCUUCGGGCAGGUCUCAGUCAAAUCUGGACGCCAGCACGCCCUCUCUCCCUCCCCGUUUUUAACGUGGGAGUUUCCUAACGCGCGUGGAGGAAGGAGAAAGGAAAACGUGGUUAAGGAAAAGUUGGUGGGAAAGAAGCCAGAGGCUCCUCCUUUUAAGGUUUGUUAAUCUCUCCCCCCCCCCCACCACCCCCUUCCCAGAGGAAAAAAAAAUCAAAGUUCUCGCGGGCAAAUCGGAUGCAACGGAGAACUCUCCGCGGGGAGCGAGAAGGGCCAAGCGGGUCCCAAUGAAGCCCUGCAAUAAGGACGGCCGCAACCGGAGGACUUGAAACAAGGCGCGACCGGAGUUGCCUCUUUGCCCUCUUCCACUUCGGGACGCUUAGGGUGUCGGGGCAGGUUUCAUCCCUCCCACUCCCCGGGAUGCUGCUGGGAGUCCUGUCGGUGUGGCUGCUGAGCUCUUCCAUCAGCUUGUGCCACGGCUAUUUCGACGGCCCGCUUUAUCCGGAGAUGUCCAACGGGACGUUGCAUCACUAUUUCGUGCCCGACGGGGACUACGAGGAGAACGACGACCCGGAGAAGUGUCAGUUGCUUUUCAGGGUGAGCGACCGCCUUCGCCGCUGCACAGCGGACGGGGAGGGUGAACGCUCGCAUCCCGCGGCGGUAGCGGCGGCGGCGCCCGCUCUGACGCUGCGCGAGGAAUUCACCCUCCUGGGCCGGCAGGUGGAGGACGCGGCGCGCGUGCUGGAAGGCAUCCAGAAGAGCAUCGCCUACGACCUGGACGGCGAGGAGAAUUACGGCAACUACCUGCGCAGGGAAUCCGCGCAGAUCGGGGACGCCUACGCCAACUCGGAGAAGUCGCUGGGCGAGCUGGAAAACAAGUUCCGGCAGGGCCAGGAGCACGAGAGCCACGAGGAGAGCCGCCUCAACGACGACUUCCUGGGAAUGCUGGUGCAUGCGCGGGCCCUUCUCAAGGAGACGCUGACCGUCUCGGCCGGCCUGCGGGACAAAUACGAACUACUGGCGCUCACCGUCCGGAGCCACGGCGCCCGCCUCAGCCGCCUCAAGACAGAGUAUCUCAAGGGCUGAGCGGGAGCGGGCGCCUCGCUGGGCUUCAAGCGACCCUCUCCCCCCCCUCCCCUUUCCCCUCUGGUCGGCCACGCCGGCGGGACUCUUUGCCGGCCACGCUUCCUCACAGACGGACUUUCCUCCAUCACAUCGGCCCUUCCUACUGUACCUCAGUGCAGAUUGUUGGCGAUUUUCAGCCGAGCACCUUGAAAGAGCAAAAUAAAGGGCCUACCU